GUCAUAUUCAACGCGAACUUCAAGUGAAGUCAUUUCACAGGAAACCUUUUCGCGGUUUCAAAAUCCAGUGAUUUUCUUCCCGUUGAAUUCAAGUCCGCUUCUCUUAUCUUGGGCAGUCGCGAUCGCCAACUUACCCUCACAUACCUUCCUUCCCUCUCGUGAAUCGCUCCUUCUCUUCAGAAACACCACACAAUUUUCAGUUGCAAGGCCACAAACUUCGAUCGCCAAAAUUGCACUACCAAUAUUGCCAGAAUCUCCAUUUCUUAUUGCCGAAGUCCCUUCGACGGCACUCUUCUGGACGCAUCUGACUCUCUCGAAAUAUCAUCAUCAGUCUGUCGCAUCUCACUCACUCGGUAACUAUGGUCAUGGCUCUUCUUUUCACGGCUCUCUGUGCCGUUACAGCUACACCUUCUCUGGCCUUUUCGUGGGGAGGUGAAAGAAAAGUGCCAGUUCCCGACUAUCAAGUCAACAUCGACCGCAACAUCCAGCCUUCGGAUCUGCUUCGAGCGUCCUCACGCCUACCAAAUAUCUACGCCGUCGCCCUAAGUGAACUUCAAGAACUCGAAUCAGAACCGUUUUGCCAUCGUGUGGCCGCCCAACUCCUAGUCAACAACUGCCAGCUGGUAGACGGAAAGAACGACGCCACAAUCCUCACAGACACUGGUCGACAAGUUCGCGACUUUGUUGAUUCCUACGCUGCCAGUCUAGCGAUAUGUGAUUUGGAGCGAGGCAGGUUCAACAUUCCGGCGCAAUGUGCCAAGUUCCGGGAACCGGCCCUGAGUCAGAUUGCGAUCCGGGACCAAGCACAACUCCACGUCAGCAGUCAUGAAAUCGACCAUUGUCUGUCAGCCAUGAAGUCGUCAGAUGCUGCGUGGAAUACGUGGAUCAGUUAUCGGCACAAGGCUUUGCGGUUCUGUGAGGCGGCCAGAGCGGAUAAUGAGAAAGCACAAAACAUUCUCCUCUAUCAACGACUCACCAAUGUGAUGAAGAACCUUACAGAAGGCGUGGAAGCUCAGCUUCAGAAGCAAAUGAAUCAACUUGACCUGCGAACACAACGGUCCAUCAAGAAUCUCGACAAUCUUACACCACAGAUCAAUAAACUGAAAGAUGGGCUUGUCAUGGUUCAUGAAUACUUGGCGACCGAUGUUGAAGCAACACUCCGAAAGUCCUCUGCCUCCCUACACGACAGCCAACAACAAGCCGAAGACCUGCAGAAACUGCUCAACCUACUGCUUACUGGUGUUCUUGAGGGUCACUCACGAGUAGCCCAUGCGCACGAACAUGCCCUUCAACAAGUCUCCGUCCGAGCCAACGAUGGCAUUGGAGCCCUCGUUGCGGUGGUUGCCACAGCCGCAGCAUCAACCACCGCACUGCAACAGCAGAUUGAACUCUCCAACCAACAAGCCGCCGCAUUAGCCCGCCGUCAAGACAACCUCGAGCAAGGAAUGGACCGUCUCCUCGCCGUCACCGAGACCCUAGCCACCAAAUACGAGGACCAAACACAAAGACUCCAACAAGCCUCCAACAUCACCAACGAGAUUCUCGACAUACUGGAGGACACCGCGGAAGCGGCAUCGUCUGUGAACGAAUCCUUGUUGACCGGUGCUACCUCGCGCAGCUGGUGGCCCUACAUCGUUUGCCCUACCGCUUCUCUCGUUAUGGGAUCGUAUGGCCUACCGCCCUCUGCUGUUCGCAACCUCGCACUCUUGGCGCUUGGCGAGGUGGCUGGGUUCAUGAUUUCGUCGUAUGAGCAGAUUGCUGGUGCUUUGCAGUCUUUUGAAGCCCCUUUCUACUCGUCGGUUUGGCAAGCGUCUACAAACACGACGACUGCAUCGCCCUAUGAAAUUUGAUGCUAGUCUGGGAGUAAUUUGAGGUGCAUAUAUUCUUACUCAAGAGGCGUGGAACCAUAUGCUUGCGAUCUGUUCACACACGCUACCUUUGGUGGUAUCAAUCUCUGGUUGUUGGGGGAUGAGACAGGCCACGGUGACUUGGGUCAAUCUAGGAGAGAGUUGGGGGAAAUAAGAGUCUAAAGAUAGUCCUUCAUAUGGGCAAGCGGCAUAUUUUAGGUUGCGUAUAGUCGCUAGGAAAAUUAUUC